UUCUGAUAAGGGCUCUUGAUAUUUUGAUAGGGGCGGAGUGUCAACUGUUGUGUGAGGAGGGAGGAACUUCACAUUCUUAUAAAAGCCCAUGGAUGAGCUGACAGUGUUGAGUAUACAGAGCAGACAGACUGGCUGUGGACUGUGCUGCUGACCUAGAAUGGCCCAGAACGGAACAGCAGAGAAUGGAGUGGCCGAAGGGAUCCCUGCUAUGCCUUUUCCCCAGCCCGUCAAAGUGCAGGACAUCAGAUACACCAAGAUUUUUAUCAACAAUGAAUGGCACGCGUCCAGCACGAGAAGGACGUUUCCAACUUUCAACCCCGCCACAGGUGUCAAAAUCUGCGAUGUGGAGGAGGCAGACAAAGAGGACGUGGACAAGGCGGUGGAGGCAGCCAGGGCGGCCGGGGAGAGAGGCUCUCCGUGGCGGAGGAUGGACGCGUCCAGCCGGGGGAGGCUGCUGCACAAGCUGGCCGACCUGAUGGAGAGAGACCGGCAACUGUUGGCGACCAUGGAGACUAUGGACACAGGGAAACCCUUUCUGCAGUCAUUCUUCGUUGACCUGGAUGGCAGCAUCAAAACCCUUCGCUACUACGCUGGCUGGACUGACAAGAUCCAUGGCAAAAGCUUGCCUGUAGAUGAAAGCUUUAUGUGUUUCACCAAACACGAGCCUGUUGGCGUGUGUGGAGCCAUCAUUCCGUGGAACUUUCCCUUGCUGAUGUUCUCGUGGAAGAUCGCACCGGCCCUGAGCUGUGGAAACACUGUGGUCAUCAAGCCAGCGGAGCAGACCCCCCUCACAGCGCUCCACGUUGGAUCGCUCAUCAAAGAGGCUGGGUUUCCCCCUGGAGUCGUGAACAUCGUGCCAGGGUUUGGUCCCUCAGCAGGAGCAGCCAUCGCCAGCCAUAUGGACAUCGACAAAGUGGCGUUCACCGGCUCUACAGAGGUUGGCCAGCUGAUCAAAGAGGCGGCGGCCAAAAGUAAUCUGAAAAGAGUGACUCUGGAGCUGGGAGGGAAGAACCCCUGCAUUGUGUUUGCUGACUCAGACUUGCAACUGGCUGUGGAAGAAACCCAGAAAGGGGCUUUCUACAACCAGGGUCAGUGCUGCACGGCUGCAUCGCGUGUGUUUGUGGAGGAAAGCAUAUAUGAAGAGUUUGUACGUCGCAGUGUAGAAAGUGCCAAGAAGAUCUUUACAGGAGACCCCCUGGACCCACGGACGUCACAUGGACCACAGAUCGACCGGGAGCAGUUUGACAAGAUCAUGGAGUUGAUUGAAAGUGGGAAGAAAGAGGGAGCCAUGCUGGAGUGUGGAGGAGCAGCCGUGGGGGAGAAAAGUCUUUUCCUCCAGCCCACCAUCUUCUCCAUGGUCAAGGACCACAUGCGCAUCGCCAAGGAAGAGAUCUUCGGCCCGGUGCAGUGUAUAUUUAGCUUCAAGAGCCAGCAGGAGGCCAUAGAGAGGGCAAACAGCACCAAAUAUGGCUUGGUGGCAGCAGUCUUCACCAGAAGUAUGGACCGAGCCCUGUCCGUCUCUGCAGCCAUGGACACUGGCACAGUCUGGGUAAACUGUUAUAACGCCCUCCAUGCCCAAACUCCCUUCGGAGGGUAUAAGAUGUCAGGCAACGGACGAGAGCUCGGUGAGUACGCCCUGGCCGAAUACACCGAAGUGAAAGCGGUGACCAUCAAACUGAGUGAAACCCUGUGAGAGGCACUGGAAAACCAGAGCGCUGGCUGAGCACUUCCCUGUCCAUCACACCGGGUUGCAUUCCCCACACAACCCACCUUUCUCCUUUCCACGGUACUGAAGUUAGGGUUAGACUGAUUUAUGUGCCCGUUAGAAGCUUCUAAAUACAACAUAUCUCCUAGUCAGUGUUGUGGACAUGAGGAUAUGAUUUUUGUUAGUCUUUAAAACCUGAAAUGCCUGACCUUACUUUAAAAAGCUGCUGACCCACCUGAAAGAGUUUCAUUAGUCUUUCUUUCAGUGUCCCAUGAUGACCUAAAUUCUGUUUCAGGACCCUUUCACACCUACCUCGUUUGGUCUGGACUCUUCAAGUCAAUCCAGACCAGAAUGAAAUUCUGGUGGAAACAUUCAAUAUUUGUUUUGGCAUGAAAGUGGUCAGAUUUAAAUAUACCACAUUUUUGGCAAAAAGAAUCAGAUAACAGCAGCUUCAAUCCAAGAAUACUGGUAUUAGUAGUGGUUAGCAAAGGCCAUAUGGGUCAAACCCUAACUGGGAUGGUGAAAGUAAGACAUAAAUACGGUUGGUGCAGAAUAUGUGAAAAACAAUCCAUGUGUGAAAGUCACUGAAAUGUGGAAAAGACGAAGUUCAUCAUUGUCAAAAUGAAUUGUGAUACUUUGGUAUAAUUAACAGGUGAGGCCAUGGUUGAGUUGAUCAGGAACUUUCAUCCCAUGCCAGUGGUAUUGUUAGUGCCAGUGUUUCUCUGUGUUAAGGACCACAGCAGUGAUUUUGCAUGUUUAAUGUAAUAUCUACAAAAUGUAUGACCUUCACAUUUCUUCUUAUCUUUUCCCAAUGCAAGCAGUUGUAUUUCCAAUAUCGUUUUCUAAUUUUUCUCCAGCCAUUGGUUUCCAUUCAUUCCACUACAAUAUGAAAAUGAACAUUCAGAGACUUCAGACUUUCUUUACACCAGUAUUCCUUCACUGUAACACAUUAGUCGUCCACAUUAGUUAAAAGCAGCAGCACUGUUGUUUUCUGAUGACUUGAAAUUGGGUGGAGGGAAAUGGUCUAUCCACUGGAAAAUAAUUGGCUGUUUUACACAGCCAAUUAUCAGCUCUGUGGUUUAUGAAUGGUGAUGACUUUGUUAGCUGCAGAAGCAGAACAUUAUAAGGUGGCUGUUUCAACGAAAAACUCAAAUUUGAAAUAGAGGUCUGAAAUCUGGAGCACCCCUGCAUGAUUUAUGUCAGUUGUUGUAAAUGGAUCAAACAUUCAAAAUCACUGAUAAAGUCCUUUAAGUCCACAUUUCCCACAUUUCUCUGUUGCUUCCAAUUUGGUUGUGACAGCCCAGAUUGACUGUAUGGCUGAGUAACAUGCUUUUAACAGGCUCUGAUUUUAGUUACAGUACUUGGCAAACCGUGAUUUGGAAAACUACAGCAUAGAUUAAGUAUUAUUAGUCAAUAAAUGAUUUUUAACAGGAAAGUCCCACACAUCUUCAAAUGAACAGAAAAGAGCGGGAGAAGCAGAGAUAUUUUAGUUCUGAAAUUCAGAUCACAGCUUGGCCUUUCUAGUGUUAAGAUCUGGCUUAAAAUCUGUUUUACGAUUGACCUUUUUCACUGUUUGGACUAUACCUAGGCUUUUGGACAUAGCCAGAUACAUCAACAGUAAUAAAACUAUUGUAAGGAAAGGAUAUGAGGCUUUAUGGGUAUCAGUCUCAGUCUUGCCAACUGCAUGCAUUGACAUUCAAAGCCCGGAUGUUACAAACAUAAUUCUAGGUGUUAAAAUACUAACAGAAUCAUGUCCUUGUCUCCUGUCUGCUCCGUUUCUUCUGUCUUACUGAAGCAGACCGGAGGAAUGGCAUGAAUGCACAAGAAAAAUAAUUAGCAAUAUCAUAUUUUUCCAUGUAUGACAUGAGGGGUCGGUCACAUUUCUUUCUAAAAUCUCAGUUUGUGGGACAGUGUGGGAUGUGCAAAGAAGAAACAUUUCAAGAAAUGUCUGUUUAUCUUUGUAAAUGUUGAGUAGUUGAUGAAUGCAGAUAAAUGUCCUUUUCCCCCUAUUUGUUUCAUACUUCUAAGUGUUGAUUCUAGUGUGAUGUGAGCUAAUAUGAAUGCUCUCUCCUCUGAGGAGCAUUUUCCUCCCCUUUCAAAUGUUGGAAGGAACUCUGUUUCCUAUUCCAAGUCAGGUAAUAUUUACCUUGGCGGUAACAUUUUAAUACUGUAACAGGAACAAUCCUAUCAUUACAUGGAUAGUGUCAAUGUUAACUAUUUUACUAUCAUAUGUAUUUGAAAAUGUGUUUAUUACAACCCAGAAACAAGUCUAUCUUUCCAUGUUUUCUACACUAGUUAUCAUGCAUUUUAUAUUUAAAUAGAAAUUCUAAAUAAAAAGAAAA